AUGGUUUACAUCAAGACAACUGCCCUGGCUCUUCUUUUCGCUGUUCAAGCACUGGCUGGGCCAGUUGAACCCCGUCAAGCCUCGGUCAGCCUUGAUACCAAGUUCAAGGCUCAUGGGAAGAAAUACUUCGGCAACAUCGGUGAUCAGGGCACCUUGACCAAGAAUCAAAAGACUCCUGCGAUCCUCAAAGCCAACUUCGGCCAAGUGACCCCGGAGAACAGCUUGAAAUGGGAUGCCACCGAGCCAAACCGUGGACAAUUCUCCUUCAACGGAGCUGACUAUCUUGUGAACUUCGCUAAAUCCAACGGAAAGCUGAUCCGUGGCCACACUCUCGUGUGGCACUCCCAGCUUCCAAGCUGGGUGUCUUCUAUCACCGACAAGACAACCCUGACAAGUGUCCUGAAGAACCACAUCACCACGGUGAUGACCCGUUACAAGGGCCAGAUUUACGCCUGGGAUGUCGUGAACGAAAUCUUCAACGAAGAUGGCUCUCUCCGUCAAAGCGUCUUCUCCAACGUGCUUGGUGAGGACUUUGUGCGGAUCGCCUUUGAGACAGCUCGUGCUGUGGAUCCCAAUGCGAAGCUUUACAUCAACGACUACAACUUGGAUAAUGCCUCGAGCGCGAAGGUCGCCGGUAUGGUGAGCCAUGUCAAGAAAUGGAUUGCUGCCGGUAUCCCGAUUGAUGGAAUUGCUCUGAAUGCUCUCGCCGGUGCAGGAACCAAGGAGGUUGCUAUCACCGAGCUUGAUAUUGCUGGUGCCGGCUCCACUGACUAUGUCAAUGUUGUGAACGCCUGCCUGAACCAGUCCAAAUGUGUUGGAAUCACCGUUUGGGGACUGUCUGACGCGGAUUCGUGGCGCUCCAGCUCCAGCCCUCUGCUCUUUGAUACAAACUACAACCCCAAGGCUGCAUACAGCGCUAUCGCAAAUGCCCUUUGA